UUAGUCGGUUAUCAAUGAGAUUGUUGGGCAAUCAUAUGUGUAUAUAUAUGUAGAUGGGCAUGGCAAUGCCUUUCUUAUCACUUGAGCUUUUUCAUAGUCAUUCUUAAGGCUUAUAUUAGCGUUUUAAUCACAUGUCAAUGGCUCUCACCACUUUCUCCUUCACCAUCUCUUUCAUUCUGUUCUCGUUUAUGCUUGUUAUUGCUUCUGCUAGUGAUUAUAGCUAUGGUACAAAGCCAGAACUACUUUACAAACCAAAGUCAGAUGUGAAAGAAAAGCCUCUCCCCAUUGGCAUUGAAGGGCUUAUUCUAUGCAAAUCAGGCCCCAAAAGAUUAAUCCCGAUUAAAGGAGCUGUUGCUAGAAUAACAUGUCUAGCUGUCGAUGAGCAUGGUUAUGAGACAGCACCUUUCUCCAUCUUGAGCAAAGCAACAGAUUCAAAGGGUUAUUACUUUGCAACUUUAUUCCCUCAUGAACUCAGUAACAAGCUGAAGCUCACAGAAUGCAAGGCAUUCCUGGAAAAAUCUCCAUUAGAAAAUUGUAAAGUUGCAACCGAUGUUAACAAAGGAAUAAGUGGUGCUCCCCUUUCUUAUUGCCGCCUGCUCAACAACAAUAAGAUGAAGUUGUAUUCAGUGCCACCUUUCAUCUACACUUCACAACCCAAACCAAUCUCUCCCGGUUAUUAACGUUUCAUUCUUGAUUGUUACUUCUUCCAAAGACUUUUCGUUUUGUUUUGCUUAUCGACAUUCUUAGUUCUGUUACACAUUUUGCUUUGUGUGGAUGAGGAAAUGAGUUGUGUAAUUGUUCUCAUCAUACAGUCGAUGUUACUGUAAGGUUGUGUAAUUGUAAUGUCAGUGUCGGCCAUUUGCAUGGUUUAA